AGUACGGCCUUUUAAGUCUCCGCCUGCCUUUCAGCUGAGCUACUGGCUGCUUCGGCGCCGGGCCGGACCCGGAAGCGGCUCUUUCCGUCCGCUUGCAGUUUCUGAAGAAGAAGAGGAGGCGGCGGCUGGGGCGGCUGUCCUGCGGCCGGCAGGAUGCUCAACGUCCCCUCUCAAGCUUUCCCUGCCCCAGGCUCCCAGCAGCGGGUGGCCGCGGGAGGGCGCAGCAAGGUGCGGCGGGAGCUGGGGCCGGGGGGUCUGCGGUACUCCUCGCCACUGGGUCCCAGGGCAAACUGGCGGUGUGAGAGGGGUCGCCUUGCGCAUUGGCACCUGCAGAGGCGGAAUGGGGGUUAACGCUUCCUUUGCUCGUUGAGGGUAGAGAUCUUGAACCCAGAUGGGUGUUACAGGCGGAAACUCGGCAGGUGAAGCCUUUCCUGGCCUGGAGAUGUAGGAAGUGAGAAAAGCUGUACCUGUUUGGUUUCUGUGUUAUGCAGCUCCUAAAGUUCUGCCCGGCGAGAGGAUGGUGUCAGUCCUUAAGGGACUGAGGUUCAGAGGUGUUUUUAGGUUAAGAGCAGUUCGUGCUGCCUUUUCUUGUGUUGUGUGUGUGUUUUGCAAGGCAACACAGAUGCAUCUGGCUGUUUCCUCUUUUCUGAGGACUGUUGUGUAAUUAUGGGGCACGUAGUUUCUAAAAGAGAAGGGAGCUCCAGGGUUCAAGCUUGCUUUCAGAAUACGCUCAUUAUCCUGGAAGCCCUAAUAGCUGACGGGCGGUGUCUGGCUUUUUUGUUCUUUAGGGCUGUGGAAAGACUAUAGAUGCUUCUGUGCAUCCUAUUCCUUUCAUGUGUUUGGGACUCAACUUAAGUCCAGUGUGGUGUUUGGUUAAAACUAUAAUAGUGGCAGGGUAUGGGAAACAUUUGCAUAAAGGAAGAUUGGUUUCAAAGUGUCUUCAAGCUGAUUGUUGUGAUUAUGGAACUACGUAGUGGGCUGUCAUGUAUAAGGCUGAAGCCAUGUGGCAACAGUGUUGGUAUGUCAGCUGAUUCCUGUUGAGUAAUGUGGUGGGCUGUGGAAAUUGCAGAGUCCUCAACAAGUAGAGUCAAUGAAUUUUUCAUGGUACAGCUCUUUUGCAGGCAGUGCUGCUUGAGCUUUAGAGAAGAAUGUGCACUUUAAAAACCACGCAGCUGUUAAGUGUGUCACAAAUAACAGUAGUAAUUGGAGUGAAGUUCUGCCCAUAUUGAAGAUCUAAGGAGAAGUUUAAUAGAAAUUUAGAGUGACUAAAGAUGCAGGAAAAGCAGGAACUGAUGCAGUGUUGUGUUCCUCAUGCAUACACAAGUUGCGUAUUUUCCAGCAUAAGUAUCUCCCUAUUGUAGGGAGAUAGAAAUUCUGUUGGGGAAACAAUAGCCUCCCUUAAAAUCCCCUAUGUUACAUGUUCUCAAUUGCAUUUAAAGCAUAGUCUCCUUGACCACGAGAUUUGCUGUAUGCUUGUCUUUCUAGUUUGUAUAUCUUCUCUCUCUCCUCCCACCGCCAGGCCCAAUGUUGUCGCUGAUUUAAUUUCAUAUAGAAGUAAAGACCAAGCCUAAAUUGUGCACUUAGAGCACUUAAAUGCACAAUGACUGCCAAUAUAAGCCAAUAUUUUAUGUUAUAAAAUAUUGGCUUAUUAAGUAGUUACUUUACUCCUCCCUUCCCAUGAGCAGUGAAAUAUGGCACAAAGCCAGAGUUAACCAUAACUUCCCACUACAUCAGAACCAGGAAACUAUAGUUACUGGCUUACAGACAAGCCAGGAUAUGAAAUUGUGAUAAAAAAAUUAAUUCAAGAGCCUAGACCACUAGCUAUAAUGAUGUUCAUGGGGCUUGGUUACAUACAUACUUUUAUUUUUAUGCCACAUUUCCAUAGUUCAAGUCAUGUUCAAGGCAGCUAACAACAUGAAAAAAAUCCCUAAUUGCAAACUUAACAAAAAUAGCCGUAAAUAAUAACUAAAAUAUCAAAAGUGCACAACCAAGUUAAACAAUUUUCACAUAAAUUAUAAGAUCUAAAAAAAAGAUACAGAAAGUGAAUAUUAAUAACAGCAACACACACAGCCUGAAAAAACCUUAAACUAUACCCCAUUCCAAGAGUCUGUUCAGGGAAACGUGUUUGGAUAGGAGAACUUGGCUGGAAUAAAUUGAACUUCCCUCCCCCUCCCCCAGUUCUUCUGAUUAUUAGCUUACAUAUUUGUAUUUACCUCAGAAGCAGUCCUGCAUGCUAACUUUCCUCACCAUUGUCUGCUAUGGCUCUGUCUGAAGGUUAUUUUCUUCUGCUUUAUAUAGCUUUGUCUUUGUGUGCCAGAAUUAAACGAGGAUUUUUGCUGUUCACCAUAAAGGAUGGCAAGAAACCAAUCUACUUCUGCUUUUUGUUGCUAAUUAUUUAAUAAACUUAUCUUCCUCCACAAACUUAUCUUCCUUUCUAGGUACCUUUGAAACCAGGCCGAAGUCUUAUGGACUGGAUUCGAUUAACUAAAAGUGGGAAAGAUCUAACUGGUCUAAAAGGAAGAUUAAUAGAGGUGACUGAAGAAGAGCUUGCUAAGCAUAAUAAGAGGACUGACUGUUGGAUAUGCAUAAGAGGUAGGCUGCUCUAUUGACAUUUUUUAUGAAUGUGCUAUUGCUACUUAUUUUCCCCCAAAGCUUUUAUGCAAUAAUAAUAAUAAUAGUAAUUAUUUAUACCCUGCCCAUCUGGCUGGGUUUCCCCAGCCACUCUUAUAUAGAGGAAAUAAAUAUAACAAAAUAAAUAUGUGUAAGUGGUUUUAAAGUUUUAUUAGAGCUUAGGUAAUGAGAUUAAUGGACGUGGGUGGCGCUGUGGGUUAAACCACAGAGCCUAGGACUUGCCGAUCAGAAGGUCAGCGGUUCGAAUCCCCGUGACGGGGUGAGCUCCCGUUGCUCAGUCCCUGCUCCUGCAAACCUAGCAGUUCGAAAGCACUUCAAGUGCAAGUAGAUAAAUAGGUACCGCUGCAGCGGGAAGGUAAAUGGCAUUUCCGUGCGCUGCUCUGGUUCGCCAGAAGCAGCUUAGUCAUGCUGGCCACAUGACCUGGAAGCUGUAAGCCGGCUCCCUUGGCCAAUAAAGCGAGAUGAGCGCCACAACCCCAGAGUCGGUCACGGCUGGACCUAAUGGUCAGGGGUCCCUUUACCUUUAAUGAGAUUAGUUAAUAACAAUGCCAUUUAGCAUUUAGAUAGCAGCAAGUGAACACCUGGAACUAUAUUGUCCAAAAUUUUGCUUUGAGCAUAUUCUUUUUUUUCUCACUCACCUUCCAAAGAGUUAUCCUUGCCUUUCAUUUACUGGAAAUAUACUGCAAAUGUAUAUCCUCUGUCAUAAGCAAAGUAGAAACAGAUUUGUGGAAUUUCCAAUGGGUGUGCGGAGAGUGCUUCUGAAACUUACUGCCCACUAGGGGACGUGGGAAAUGAUGCCCCUUUAGUAAAGACAAUAGACCAGAGGUUGUUGGACUGCAAUUCCCUUUCUGCCAAAGCACCCAAGGCAGUUUACUAUUUUAAAGCAUUAAAACAAAUAUGUUAGUGGUACCUCAGGUUAAGUACUUAAUUCGUUCCGGAGGUCUGUACUUAACCUGAAACUGUUAUCAACCUGAAGACCACUUUAGCUAAUGGGGCCUCCUGCUGCUGCCGCGCCGCCAGAGCACGAUUUCUGUUCUUAUCCUGAAGCAAAGUUCUUAACCUGAAGCACUAUUUCUGGGUUAGCAGAGUUUGUAACCUGAAGCGUAUGUAACCUGAAGCGUAUGUAACCCGAGGUACCACUCUAUUUAAAAUGAAGAGUCACAAAGUCAUUUCAGGCCAACUGUGAGCUGAUGGUAUGUGUUCUUCCUUUCCUGGGCUCCUUCAGGGUUGUCCAAGGGAAGGUGGGGCAGGAUCUGCCCCAGCGGUUUUCUCAGACCAUUAAUCGUUCUGUCAGGAGCAGAUGGUACAUGUGCUCCAGGACCUAGGUUCUCUUUCUCCUGCACACAACCCAAGGACUGCAUGUGGCCCUCGAGGCCUCUUGGUGACCGUGGCAACAUUUGAUUACACCCUCCACAGCCCUCACACUGCCUUCUCAAAGCCAGGAGAGGAGGUGCUGGCCUCUGGAAAGGAGGCAUGGGGGCUCUGACCGCAUUCUAGAGUCGUCCUGCCUCCUUCCCAAAGCCCAGUUAGCAUUUUCCCAGCUGUGGGAGGGGCUCUAGGACCCUUCCAGAGCCUUGUGCCUCCUUUCCAAAGUCCAGCACCUCACUUAGCUGGCUUCUGUGUGUGUGAAAUUUUGGGCUUGCUCCCCCACACAACAAGGCAGUGUACAGCCCACAGGCUUUGUCUCAAGUACUCUUGUGGCCCUCUUGGUAUGAAAAGUUGGACUGUCUGCCCUGUCUUAUAAGAAUCCUGAGAUCAGCAAUCAAAUGGACUUUAAUUCUGUUCAGGUUCAGGAAAAAAAAGUUUUGGUUCAGGUUUGAGUCCUUGCUUUUUUAUGCUAGAAACAAGAGAGACAAACAGAAUAUGAACCACCGAACACCUGUUUUUCCUCAAAUGGAAGAAUAAUAUUUGGAGAGGGCCAUAGCUCAAUGGAAGAGCAUUAGCCUUGCCUGCAGAAGGUCCCAACAUCAUUUCCCCAGCAUCUCCAGGUAGAUCUGGGAGAGAACCCUGUCUGAAAACCUGGAGAGUCAUGGCCAAUCAGUGUAGAGUCUGUAGGCGAUGCUGAGCUAGAUGGACCCAGUGGACUGACUUGGUAUAAGGAAGCUUCCUGUAUUUCUCUGUAACAUCAUUUGACUCCCUGGACUGUUCUUUUCAUUCCGGGUUGCGUCCUGACCAGUACACUAAUAGGCUGAGAGCCAAAUGACACACAAACUGUGCUUACAGAAUGCUUCUGCGAGGUUUGUGGGGCAAAUUAAUUGCCUUGCUGGAGAAAACCAAGGGCCAGCAUUCUGCUUCUAGUAGAGACAGGCUUGAUGCCUCUGAAAGUAGAGCUUUUGUACAUGUUGACUCUACAUAUUUGUUGUCAUAGUGGACUGCUGUUGAUAGAGCCAUGGUUCAUGAAUUCAAGGUAAUACACUGUUAGAUUUCCCUGGAAGACUUAAUACCAUAUGUGUUCCCUUCUACUAACCUCUAAUUUUCUUCCAGUGUGUUUUUUUUCCUGUUGGCCUUGGACUUGACAAACAGAGUCUGGCAAACAUUGUAAACAUCUUUGUUCCAUUUUCACUGUUUAUUUUUGUGCUCUUGAAUGCUGCUUUUCAUUUCAAAAAAAUACCUCCAGGUGGAGUAUAUUGCUGGCAUUGGCCAGCUUGGAACUCAUUCCUCUCUCAGCUGUAGUUUUAAUGCUCCGGAAAAUAUGAAACAUUUAUCUAUAGUAGAUAGUAUUUUGCCAAGCUGCACAGAUGUAAUGCAUGGUAAUAGCUAUAAUUGCUUUGUGCUUUAGGAAAGCACUAAAUGCAAAGGCAAAAUUGCUUGUUGUAGGGCUUGGUUGAAACAUGAAUAAGGAAUCUAAUAUACCAAAAUAAUCACUGAGUUGCCUGGCUAUGAAGAGUACCAUUAAUUGCAGUAAUAUAUGUAUUUACACACACCUGUUAAAUGCCACUGUACAACUGACAUACUCCCCCCCCCAAAGUCUUAAAAUCUUGUCGAAACAAAAUAAAAUAAUAAAAUAAAAUUUACAGUAUUACAGUAUUUUAAUAUUUUUUUGGAGGCCGCCCAGAGCGGCUGGGGAGGCCCAGCCAGAUGGGCAGGGUAUACCGUAAAUAAAUUAUUAUUAUUAUUAUUAUUAUUAAAAUUUUAAAAUCCUUCCAGUAGCACCUUAGAGACCAACUAUGAGCUUAUACCAAUAACUAUCUUAGUUGGUGCUACUGGAAGGAAUUUUUAUUAUUUUAUUUUAUUUUAUUUUAUUUUAUUUUGUUUCGACUACAGCAGACCAACACGGCUACCUACCUAUAAUUAAAAUCUUGUGUAAAUGAUAGUGGGAAGCACACCUUAUAUAAAUUUGUAUGUAUUGACUUGCUGGCAUCACCUACAUUUUCUGUGGGUCUCAUGAUUUGAGAAAGAAAAGCAUUUCCAUGCAUUAUGAACAAAUUAGGAUCCUUUCUAUAACAUCAGCUACAUUGUGAUAGCGUUAAAAUGGCACUCACAUCAUUCUGACUGGUGAAAUACCCGCUUCUGGUUUUUUUUAUCAGUGAUGUUAUAAAUUCACCUGUCUGCCCAGGACACACUGCAAAGAUACCUAUGAACAAAAAAGUGACUGAAUCUACUUUCAGAGUUAACAUACCUUUUCUGAUAUGCAGUGCUCAGUACUUUACACUAGAUGGCAUUCUGAGUGCAUAUUGGAUGAAAGGCUUUGUUAUGUGACAUCUGUAUUGAGCCAAAAUAUUUGGACAAGUGGUCCAUGAGUCCCUAAAGCAUUAUUCUCUGUAUCUUGUGCUACUGCUAAAUAGACAGUGUUAUGCACACACAGUCUUGGGGCAUUUUUGAAACCUAGUAGAUUUGUUGUAGCUUUCUAGCUUUGCAAGUUUGCAAGUCUGUAAUGAGAGAGAACCCCACAGUUCUGAUUAGCCCAUUUAUCAGCAAAUACUUUUCUUAGAGUGGAUCCCUUGUCUAUGUUGUAAACAAAAACUGAACUCUUUCCCUUAUGGGGUCCACAAAAGCCCUUAUAGAGUCCUUUGUAGGUUCUCCAUCAGAAAGAGAAAAUAACAGAGGCCAUCCAGAGAAUAUUGGGAAGUGAAGCAGCUAGUAAGCCUGAUUUUUAUUAAAGCUGUUGCAACAGGGUGCUCCCCCACAUGCAGGAGAGAGGAGGAGGACCCAAGACAAAGGUGUGCAAGCCCUUAUAUAGACUUUUGAACUGCCCACCCUGUAGCUCAAGACCACCAUACAUCAUACAUACAUCACAGAAGGGGUGCAGCCCAAGACCCCCCCCCCCAAUACAUCAUACGUACAUCAGAGAAGGGGCGGACUACAACAGAAAUCUGAGUGAGUUGUUUUUAUCCUGUCUGCCAGGUUACCUGACUGGAUUACCUGGGAAUCCUGGCCACUCUUUUGUUAUAAUAACUACUCAAUCCCUGAAUCCAGGUCACAGGCUCACCCCAUUCAUAUAUGAAAUGUGCCCUUGAGACAGGAUUUGUGAGCAAAGGGACAAUGGGGUGGCUCCCCUUUUCCUUUCACCUUGCAGAGAAAUAUUUGAGGUCGUUUGGGAGAGACAAAAUCGUUUCAGGACUUUGUUCUGAGGGGUUUCUGUGGUGUUUUAGACAUGUAGUUUAUACAUUUAUGAAUAUUUAUUUCAGUAGUUGGUUGCAAAAGUAAAUAUAUGUAUUUUCCUGGUUCCUUGCAUGUUGCAGAGCAUGCACAGAGAUCUUCCCAAUGUGACUACAUCUCCAUUGAUUAGGGGAAAGGGUAACCAUGCACAUAAGAAGGGAUGUAUGCUUGGAUCUACCACUUCCUCUGAAGCAAGGAUAGAUGUGACUCUGGAUUCUGGACUCUCAGAUGCCUCGUCACCAGAACAUAAGCUCUCACAUGUGCUGUAAUAUUGUGCCUUAGGUUUACCUAGCGUGGCAUUCCUGCCUUUUUGUGAAUAUAACCACUUUCAUUGUACAAUUUCCUGUUUCAGUAUUGCCAAAAUAAUAAAGGAGCAAUGCGGAUAUAUUUAAUAUUUUUUUUCAUAGAGGGCAUGCUGCAUGUUUUAAUUGGAUUUUUAAAAAUUCUUUUUACAAAAAUUGUAGGUCUUGUGUAUAAUAUCACACCGUAUAUGGAAUAUCACCCUGGUGGCGAAGAUGAGUUGAUGAAAGCAGCAGGAGCUGAUGGCACAGAGCUAUUUGAUCAGGUAAAAAGAGUACAGGUCAUAUUUAGUUCAUCAAAACUUAAUCUGAAAGCUGCACACUAUAAAGUAUUCUGCUGCCUGAAGAAGAAGACACUAUUCUGUCAUUUACAAUAUUUUAAAAUUAAUUGUGUAUAAUGUGUGUAUCAUGAUAAACAACAAUUUUUUGAUGUUUUGAGUUGUAAGAUGUGUUGUUUUGAAGUAAAAGCUUCCAUUGUGUUCCUCCUGGCCAAGUGAGAGGAAAGGAAAGAGAGAAGUUCAUGAGUCCACUCCAAAAAGAAACUGAAAAUUCAUUUAUAUCAUGCACUUGUUAAGCGAUUGGGUACAACUUCAGCAAGGUGCCCUCUUAAAUAGCUAAAUCAGAAGCUUAAGUGCUACUCCAUGUGUUAGUUGCAUUGUUCCUAUUUUGAGUUUACAUUUCUUAAAAAUGAAAAGCAUAUUAUGCCACUUUAGUACCUCUGUCUCCAUGGUGGAUCAGGACCUAUCUCUGCUUCUCUUUGUUUUCAUUCAGAAGUUCUAUGUAACAAGUUUUCGUUGUUUUUUUUUACUAUACCUUUACAGUUGCUUAGAAGCAAGUGUUAUUAUAAGUGCCCGAAUCCUCUAAAAUAGUCCUGGUUUCUUCUACAUGCAGGUUCAUCGCUGGGUUAAUUAUGAAUCGAUGCUGAAAGAGUGUAUGGUUGGAAGAAUGGCACUCAAACCUUUUGCUGCUUUGAAAGGUAUACACUCUCUCUUUCUCUCUCUCUCUCUCUCUCUCUCUGUGUGUGUGUGUGUGUGUGUGUGUUUGUGUGUGUAAUAAUAAUUUGUUUAAUUUUUUUUAAAAAAAAAACUAGGUGCAAUCCUAAUCCCAUUUAUGUUGGAGUAAGGUUCAUUGACACAUUCCAUACCAAAAUCAAUUUCCCUUGCUAGUGUAACUUGACAGAGAGACGUAGCCAAUUCUGGCUUCCUCUGUGAUAUCUGAAUUUUCAAACGCAUUGCUACAUUACACUUUACAGUGUAUGUGCACACCUAAAUUGUCUUUUGUUGAGGCCCUUAGCAUUGACCAGCUAAGCACCUGAGUUUGGAUGCAAUGAUGAUCCAUAGGCAAAUUAGUGCGCUCAUGAUCUGCCUGUUAUUAAAGACCCAUUCAUUUAACUGAGGCUUGCUUAUGAUAAGUAGCGUUUGUUAGAUUGAAUUCUUGGAUGUGCACAACUAGUUCAUUGUGUUACCUCUGCAGAGCCAUGGUUCCCUUCCCUCAAUACAUACUCCUGAGUAGCACAGUUUUGUUAAAAUUUAUUUUUAAUGCUUGCCAAGUGUUGGUUCAGCUUUAAAAGGCAAUGUUCUAGCUUCUUGUUUUAAUUUGCUUGCUGUGUCAACACAACAGAGAGCUCAGGAGACUGGGUUUUAUUGUUGCUAUGUAGCUGACACUGUGAGUUAUAGUAAGAUGCUGCUGUGUAUAAACGUAACCAAGAGUAGUCUUCUAGUUUAGCAGAAUCUGUAGAAUCCAGAUUGGCUAAGGCAUCUUUUAAGUACAAGAGCAGGGUUUUAAAACAAAUGGUCUUGGUGCAGGUUUAUAACUUUUAUGUGAUUAAAAUAGCAUUAAAGAAUUGGGCAUCCUAGGCAAUUUUGAGGUUGUGAAUGAUCAUUAUCUCCCGCCUUCCAUAAGCUCUGCUAGCUUUUGCUCUACGUCUUCUGUUUGCUCCAGGGUAGUAGCUUCUUCAUGACUUCUUGCUGACUUGUGUGAUGCUGAAAGCUUGUUUUCUUCCUCUGAUUUCUGUUGCACACUCUAUAAUGAUAUUGAACUCCUGGAUUCAGUGAGGAAAUGGAGGCUCUUUAGAAUGUCUUAUAAAGGAGAACUACGAAAAUUUCCUUUUCAGUGUAAUAGACAUAGAUCAAUAUCCUUUCAUUUUAUUUGGCACUUUUAAAUUAUACUGAGUAUCACCUUCCAAUACAGCCUUUCAAAAGUCAGCUUCAUAUACAAAGCUAAAUUAAUAGUUACAGUAUUUCUUCUACUUAAGAUAGUUCAUUGUACAGUAAUUUAGCUGUUUGUCUUUCCUAGCUCUAAGAACAAACACUAACAACGACAGGGAGCAAUAAUCUUAAGGGGGAAAUUUUGGAUACAAUCUCCAGAGGUCCUUCAUUAGGCAAUCUCUGGGGCUUACAUAUGCAUCCCAUGGGACUUGUGGUGCUUCUUGAAAAAAUGAGAGCCUGCCACUCACCACUGCUUUUGAAAUCCAUUAAAAAUAUUAAAAAGCAGAGGUGGUCUUUAUGUGGCAGAGAUGAUCGCAAUUUGAAAAAGCAAACAAACACCAAAAAACCCACAAGCCUAAAGCACAGCUAGAGACUCGAGCAAGCUGUGUUUGUGGCCAUAGUUUGCUGUUUGUUGGCAUUUUUGGUACACUUACAUUUAGAGUGAAGACUAUCUGAAUUAUUUGAGGACAAAGUAGCAGUUAAACAGUUCAUUUAUCCCCAGUUGUUGGGACGUGAUACUAUAUUUGAAAAGUAUCUAUUUUUUUUCCUUUAUGAAAAAAUAACAUGUAAAUGAAUGUGCUGUAGCCAAAGUUUAAAGAGUAGGGCAAAGUAUCCCAAGCUUUCAGUAUUCCAUAUAGAGAUCAUUCCAUUCCUAAAAAUGUCUGCUGAUAAGACAUCAGCUCUAAAGUACUAUACAUUUUCAAAGGCCCGACUUAGGAAUGAAAACAUUAAAAUGCACUGUUAGUUACAGAAAUGGUUGUAAACUUUAGUCUAGUGUUUCCUGCAGUUUGCUUGCAGGUGAAAGGGGCAAAGAUGACUUGUCCAGAGUAGUAGUAAUAAUAAUAAUAAUAAUACCAUCUCUCCGACCCACACGGGGUAAUUAAGAGGCUGUUAUGGGAGUAGGCAGCCUCCCUUGUUGCCCCAAGGAAAUGGGGAACACUGCCUUGCCUGCUGUGCCCAUAAAUCACCCCCUAAUUCGAAAGAAGGGGGUGAGGGCCCUAGGCAGAAUGCCCCCGUGUGGACAUCGGCUCUCUUGGACGCUGUCUCUGAUCGCGCACUAGUUGCAGCAAUUUGGAAUAAUUAAUUACAAAAGCGUAUAAGAGCAGACUCUUUGUGGCCUUCGUAGACUUGACAUCUGCCUUCGACUCAAUCUGUAGAGAUAGACUAUGGAAAAAAUUAUAUGAAACGGACAUUGACAGACGACUUUUAAAAAUUCUCAGAGAGUUACAUACUGACAUUACAGUCAAAAUCAGAACUGGGCCAUCGGGAACUCUUACGGACCCACUGCCAUUGGGGAAAGGGGUCAAACAGGGAUGCCUGCUAGCCCCAUUUCUUUUCAACUUUUAUAUAAACGAUAUUGUCCAGUACAUGGCAAAGUACAAGUCAUCGGCUCCAGCCCUUGAAGGUAAACGCCUGAAUAUUUUGCUAUAUGCCGAUGACAUGGUUUUAAUGGCACUCACCCGAAGAGGCUUACGCAGCAUGCUGGAGGGGAUCGCAGCCUACUGUUCCCAUAAUUCACUAAAGAUAAACCAUGAUAAAACAAAAAUUGUGGUGUUUACUAGAGCUCGUCACACCUUUAGAUGGUCUUUAGAUGAACAAGUGAUUGAACAGUGCCCUUUUUUUAAAUAUCUGGGUGUUACAUUCCAGGCUACAUCUAGCUGGCUAGCCCACUUUAAGGCUGUAACCAUCCUAACACGAAGAACAAUUGGUGUUUUGCUUAGUUUCUUCCAUACCAGGGGAGGACAAUUGGUGAUCCCGGCAUUAAGAGCUUUCGUUGGGAAAGCUAUUCCCCAGAUGUUAUAUGGGAUAGAACUCGGGGGUGGAACCAGAGGCUGUUGGAACGGCUUGAAAUUUUGCAAAACUACUAUCUCAAGAAGAUUCUAGGCCUUCCUCAAGGAACCCCAGCAGCCUUCUUGAGGGUGGAGGUUGGUUUACCCUCUGUGUCUGCCAGGGCCCACUUAAGAUUCCUACGAUUUUACAUCAACCUUGCAAACUCUUCAAACACCUUAUUGGCCAAACAAGCCUUCGUAUCUUUUCAAAAGAAUACCACUUGGCGCCAAAACUUAUCUGAGAUCCUGGUUAGAUACACCCUACCGGAGUUUAAUAUCCUCACGGUGGAGCCCGGACAAAGUCCGGAAAUGGAUCCUGGAGAGAGACGCUCUGUUAGAUACCACAAAAAUACAGAUCCCAGGGUCCUCCCACUGGCUUCCCGACUGAAAGCAGUCAAAAUAUGCGCCAACUACUUGGCGAAUAUCACCAAUCCCACUCUUCGGAGAGCCUUUACUAUGGCCCGUUUUCAAACCAUUCCUACGGCCUAUCUGUCAGGCAGAUAUGCAAAAAUCCCAGUAGAGCAGCGGAUAUGUCCUUGUUAUAUGAGAACCAAAGAGGAUCUCAUACAUUACAUGUUGUAUUGUCCCAUCUAUUCGGCCUUCAGGGAUGCGAUGUUACAAACUAUUCCUAAAUCAAUAGUCAACUCUGAGGACCAAGUAAAGUUUUUACUGGUAGACGCUGAUCCACGGAUUUCUCACGUGGUAGCGGUCUUUGUGGUGAAGGCUAUGAAAACUAGGGUAUGGUUCCUGGAUGAAACGGUGAGGUCCCUCCCAUUGCUCUCCUAACCUGUUGCUGUACCUUUUUCCUUGAAUGGUGGGGUUUUUUUUUGGGUAGUUUCCUGGCUGGGACAACAUGGCAUGAAUUUUAGCUUACUUUUAUAAUCUUUUUGGUUUAUCUUUUAAUAAUGUUCUAUGGUAUUUUGUGUAAAGGCAUGGACCUCACAAAUUUAAUAAAUUUGUUGUUGUUGUUGUUGUUGUUGUUGUAGUCUAGUGUUUCCUGCAGUUUGCUUGCAGGUGAAAGGGGCAAAGAUGACUUGUCCAGAGUAGUAGUAGUAAUAAUAAUAAUAAUUUUUAUUUAUACCCUGCCCUCCCCAGCCAAGGCCGGGCUAACAAGCAAUAAUAAAAACAAGUUGAAUGAAUACAACUUAAAAACAAAAUUAAAAUACAACAUUAAAAUAUUGAAACAUUAAAAUAUUAAAAUGUAGCCUCAUCGCAGGAGGAGAAAGGAAAAGAAGAAAGAAAGAGGGGGAGGGAAUCAAAUUGGCUCCAAGCCAAAGGCCAGGCAGAAUAACUCUGUCUUACAGGCCCUGCUGAAAGAAAUCAGAUCCUGCAGUGCCCUGGUCUCAUGAGGCAGAGCGUUCCACCAGGCCGGAGCCAGAGUUGAAAAGGCCCUGGCUCUGGUUGAAGCUAAUCUAACUUCCUUAGGGCCCGGGACCACUAGGGUGUUGCUAUUUGUGGACCUUGAGGCUCUCCGUGGGGCAUACUGGGAGAGGUGGUCCCGUAAGUACGAGGGUCCUAGGCCAUGAGUACUGCCACUGAGAGGGUUAUAAUGCAUUCCAUUUGAAGCAGCACUGGUGCAGCAAGUCCUAGGGCUGGUGCACAUAAAUGGGCGCUAAAUGAAAUGUGCUUUAAGCUGCUUCUUGCAGCAAGUGCUGCCAUGUGGCAAACAGUGGCUUGCCAUAGCAGCUGGGUGGCUUUUAUUCACACUACCACAAACAUUGCACAGUGGCAUGCAGGGGGAAAAAAUCAUUCUAGUCUCUACACAUAAAUGAUGUAGCAUAAUGAGGCAGUUCCAUGUUGUUUUCAUAGAGAUUGUUUCAUUAUCCGAAAAUAUAGCAGAUAGUUGUGUCAUUAGCAGUACAGCAUCCUACAUGUUGGGAGCAUAAUGCUAAACGUGGUUUGCAGCAUUUCUAAGAAAUCCAGUUUUCAGUUUGUCACUUUUAUAUGUUAUGCAGUUAAUGUAUCCAGACUGGGGAAACCGUGGCUUUAAAUAUAUAAUUCCUAAGGUUGUACUAACUUUUUCAUUAUAUAUGCCAGUAGCCCAUCAAAUAAUUGCAUUUAUUUACAUUUGGAUAUAUUCUUCUCUUCAGUUUACUGAUCUUUAUUCUUUUGCAUGCUUUAUUUUUCUUCUCUUCAGCUAUGAUGAGCCUUCUUUAUUUUUCCCCAGUUUUUUUGUUUCGUUUUGUUUUGCCCAGAAUGAUUGCAUAUUGUAGCAUAACUUGUGGGAGUUUUUUUGCUCUCAUGAUCACAGCAUUCUUCUUGCAUACUUGCAGAAUCUUGCCCCAUUGUAUCUGAAGAAAACAGAAUCUUAAAUGGUAAGUAUUUGUGCAAACAGUAUCGCAUGCAUUUUAAAAACAACAACACAGAAAUAUACAAAUCAGAGACAUGCAGAUCACUGGUGGAACUUCAUAUAGAUAUCUUUUUCUGACUAAGCGAAGGACCAUCCCACUUUCACUCCAACAACUCUCUAUCUAAGUUGCCUGUACUGUCAUGUGCUACUGUCAGAAAUAAUAUGGCACAGCAGAAAAUGAAGUAGAGAAGAUGGAGCAUUGGGCUACUUUAGAAGACAGCUGUAGGGGAAGAAAAAUGCUCCUCGGAUCUGUUGCCAAUAAUAGUUGAGGAGUUUUUGUUGUUGGAAAACUUGCAGGAGCUUGAUGAAAUCUCUGUUCCUGUGUACCCUUAUUAACAGCACAGGUCUUGAGUUCUUCUUGCUUUCUGCUUUCAUAUUAUUGUCUUAUAUUGAAGCCUGCUCAAAGAUGGUGGCAGGAGUUUCGGGAAGAACAAGUUGGAGCAAAUUGCUAUGCAUAUAUGUGGUGCUUAGACAUCGGGUCAAAUUUUUCAUAGUGUUGAAGAAAUUGUGUUUACAGAAGUCUUUUGGCUGAGUUGAGAUGUUACAUGAAACCAUAGUGCUCAAGCAUUGGGCUAAUGCAUUUGCUCUUCCAGCGUCAUGAGGUGCAUAUUAGAAGCUUUAAUUUCAGUUUUCAACUAAUUGUAGCGUGUUAUGUCUGAAUUCAAAAUGUUGUUAGUCUUUCCUAUGGCUUAGACCAGGCAUCCCCAAACUCGGCCCUCCAGGUAUUUUGAGACUACAGUUCCCAUCAUCCCUGACCACUGGUCCUGUUAGCUAGGGAUGAUGGGAGUUGUAGUCCCAAAAAACAUAUGGAGGGCCGAGUUUGGGGAUACCUGGCUUAGACUAGCAAAUUGGGAUUACAAACCACGGUUUGAAGUUAGUUUAAACCAGGCAUAGGCAAACUCAGCCCCCCAGAUUUUUUGGGACUACAACUCCCAUCAUCCCUGACCACUGGUCCUGUUAGCUAGGGAUGAUGGGAGUUGUAGUCCCAAAACAUCUGGAGGGCCGAGUUUGCCUAUGCCUGGUUUAAACCAUACUUAAGACUAAUCACUGUUUCUCAGAGAAUGGACAUAGCAACAGACUGCUGUUAACUGGAAACAGAAACACAAGCUUCUAAUCUCCUUGUGGUUGCACCAGAGGAAGAGAGUGGAGAGGAAACAUACAAUACCUACCCAUUGCUUCUUGCUACAGUUGAUUGAUCUAGAUUUGACACAUACCAAACAAUUUAAAAGAUGAUUCUGAAGAGAUGAUGAAAAAGUUUAUGUGUUUCUAAUGCUGUCGCUUAUGUCCUAAUCAGAAGUCGGCUACUUAACUGAGCAGUGAGUUUGUUAACUGAAACUAGAAUUUAGAUUUCUUUAUUCUUUAAGUCUGUUUUUAGGUUUGAUUCCUACAGGGUUGACUGCUGCUAACAAAAGGAUGUCUGCAGUUGUGAACAAAAUAUAUUUCAGAAGCAAAAUUCGAGAUGAAGUUUUCCCACUCUCCCACCCCAGUGAGGCUCUACAGUGCUAGCCUGCCACAAUUCAUGUCAUUUCUUGUUGUUAAGAGUAAAAUGCUUCUUCCAAAAUACGGAAUCUAGUUUUUAAGAGUAUUGUGGAGAAGAAUUAAAAAGGCAGUAAACUGGUUCUCCUCUCCCUCUCUUUCUCCCUAUCCCUUCCUGUAUCAGCAUAAUUCUGAUCAUAUAAAGCGAUCCACUGAGCUAUAAUAAGGAAUAACAGCUUAUUGUAUCUGCUGAGAAUAAGGAGGAAAGGCUGUUAAAUUGUUGCUUUGGAGAAAUACCUGUAGAACAUAUGGACCAGGAAUUAUAUUUGGCUAAAAAUUAAUACCAUAUUAUCAGUAGCUAUCAUGGAGUAACACAUUUGUUUUUUGUUUGAAAGGGUUAAUGGGUGACUGAGCUGAAUAAGUCACCAUCAAAGUCUGCUUCAAUAAUAUGCUUCAUUAGCCGAUAAAUAUAUCUGAACAAUACUAGAGUCACUGUACUGGACAUGUAAAAAUGGACUGAAUCAGAAAUUCAUUGCAAAUAAGCGUGGGCAGAUAUGAAGAGCAGCAAAACAACACUGAGUCAUCUACCUUGUGUAAAUAAGCCCUCUGACUCAACUCUCCCUCAUCUGUCUUUCUUUAUAAAGAUAAUCUACCAUGCCUUCACCUAAAAAGCAGGUAUAUUCUCUGCUUGUAAUUUAUGAAUAGAACAGGAACAAAACUAUAAUUAAAAAGCCUGCCAUGAAACCAAUUUUCUGUUGCCACCGUUCGUUGAGUUCAUUAGCAUAGUGGCAGAACCGGAGAAGAAUUGGUAUGCAGAGAAAUCCACAAGGGCCAAAUCUUUCCCUGUAUAUUGCAUUAGACUUAGAACCGUUUUUUAUUAUGGGACUUUGGGAAAAUCAGUUUUCCCCAGGCUGUGCUCUCCAUCUGUGAAAGCGAAAUGUUGAGAAUUUGCCUUGUGAGGGUGGAUGUAAGAAAUAAUCUAAUAUUGCAACACUAAAGGGCAGUGUAAGUUUAUGAUGAAACUGGGGGGAAAGCUUUAUUGUGAUAGGAAGCUUAUCGAGCAUAAUAUUCUGUGUUGUAUAUACUGUACAGUGGAACCUCUGGUUACAAACUUAAUUCGUUCCGGAGGUCUGUUCUUAACCUGAAACCGUUCUUAACCUGAGGUACCACUUUAGCUAAUGGCGUGAUUUCUGUUCUCAUCCUGAGGUAAAGUUCUUAACCAAAGGUACUCCUUCCACGUUAGCGGAGUCUGUAACCCAAAGUGUUUGUAACCCGAAGUGUUCAAGGUACCACUGUAUUGAGAUGUAAAAGUAGAGGGCCAAGGCAGUUGUGCCAAUGGGGUCUGAAUAUGUGACCAUGUCACCACUAGGGGGCGCAUUGGAAGAUGGCCGACAAUACCAUCUCUCCGACCCACACAGGGUAAUUAAGAGGCUGUUAUGGGAGUAGGCAGCCUCCCUUGUUGCCCCAAGGAAAUGGGGAACACUGCCCUUGCCUGCUGUGCCCAUAAAUCACCCCUAAUUCGAAAGAAGGGGGUGAGGGCCCUAGGCAGAAUGCCCCCGUGUGGACAUCGGCUCUCCUGGACGCUGUCUCUGAUCGCGCACUAGUUGCAGCAAUUUGGAAUAAUUAAUUACAAAAGAAGCAAAUGCACAUAUUUCAAGUGAAGAAGGGGGAGUGAAGUCUGCUAAUUUAAGUGACCUCUGCGAAAGAAGACGACGGGCUGGAGAAACAGGAAUAUUUUACGAUGAAGAUACACCAAAGGCUGGGUAUGUUGACAACGGGACUGAAUGGGGGGGGGGACACCUUUUUUACUUUCCUUCUAUGUGAUUUACAAGAACCCCUCCUCAUUAGAACCGUCGAUUGAACUGAUCCAAGCAGGAUGAUUAAGGUCUGUGUGGAGAUAAACUUUAACCAAAAGUAUGCUUUAUGGAGACCGAGAAGCAAUGAGAGCUUUUGGGAAUGGCGCAGCAAUUAAUUCAGAGUCGCCAUCUUGCCAAAGGAUUUAUAGCCGGGAGGAAGAACGGAUUUGUUUUCAGACUGCAUUCCUAGUGAAUCUCCUCAGAGGUUUUGAGAAAGGAGGCAGAUUGGUGAAGAUUAAUGACGCUAAGACUGUUUUGAUGUAUGGAAGUGAUGUUAUAUGGGAAACGUCUGAAUAUGGCUACUGGAUAAAAAAAUUAAUAUCCACGCAGGAUUACAAACUGUUCUAACCAGCUUGCGGAGACUAUCAGAGGCCACAAAGAGAAAGGAAUAAUAUAUGAAAAUAACAACAAGAGAUGUGGAAAAAUAAUAAGAAAGGACUGGAUAGUACUGUGAACAUCAUAAGGUUAGAUUUGUGGACAUUAAAAUAGCAGUAAGAAGCAAGAAGUUGAUUGGAUCCCUUCGGAACUUGAAAUAUGGGUACCCCCAACAAAAAUUUAAAAUUCGGCUGUGUAAUUUGGAAUUUAUGUAAUUUGGUUUGAUUUGAUGUGAUUGGUCGGUUAAUAACAAAUUAUUCUUGAAUAUGUGACCAUGUCAUGGACUGGCUGGAGGCAGAGGAGUGGUGGGAGGCACUAGCUGGAGAACCCUCCAGGGAACCCCCAGGGGAAGAAGGCUGAGAGCCAGGGAGGUUGGUGGUGGGGUGACGAUUAGUGGUGAGAGGGAGGAGGAGCAGUCGGAGGCAAAAGAGGUAACAGGGUUUAGUGAGCAGGAAGAGGCUGUGUCAGAGAGCGGUUCAAACUCUGUGGGAGAAGCGGAGGCUGGAAAAGAGGGGGACCAAGAGGCAGCGAUGAGGCAGGCUGGUGAAAAUCCAAGGAGACUCCCCCUCCUUCUGCGACCAGCUGCCCUCUCUCCUGGUCUCCUACAGCCCAUUUCUCCUAGAGAAAUGGAAAGGGAAGAGCAGAAAGUGGUUGUAUGCAGAUGCAGUCUGCGACUGCUUCAGAAAGACCAUGGAGAGGAGGAGCUUUAUAGGGCGGCGGGAAGGCGGGGACCUUCAGUCCUUGCAACUGAAUAAUUGGGGCAAGACCUACUUGUGUAGCUAACUAAUGCAUCCGGACAUUUGCACUUGGACAACAGAACUUUCUCCCUUGUCCCCCUGCACAUGCCCUAUGCCCUCCCCAAAUCUGCUCUGGUGGGUGGGAUGUUCUGUUGCACUAUAGGAAAUCCUUGCGCCAACAGGACAUGUUAGUUGGAUGCCACCUAUUCUCUUCUUUUUCCAGAUAAGAGGGAAAAGGCUUGGGCAAAAUGCUUGAUCAUACCUUGGCUUAUUAAGCGGAAAUAUUAUCUUUCAAAUGCAGUUAGAAUGUGGUCACACAGUACUUUCCCCCCUGUGCUAUAGCAGACAGUUGAUAUUUUCACUGAGUUUUCUAUUGUGUCCCAUGUUUCCUGUGUUGAAUCUAGUUUAGACUUUAAUAUAAAGGUCACUUGCAGCAUUUAGUAAGUUGGGAAAUAAAUUGUCAAGGCUUGAAAAUUCAGUCUUGCUGCAUUAAACUGGAUUGUUUUUGUUGUUGUUGUUGUUAACUUCAAGAUAGUCUGUGAAUUUCCAGUAGUAACAGUUUCAGUAUAUGUGGUCCCCGUAAGCAAUAUGAUAUUCCUGAACUCUUAGAACACUAUCACAUGUAAAUAUAGGAGAAAAAAUGAAUGAAGGAAUUACUAAAAAUCUACAGCAACCCUGUAACAUAGUUAUAGUAUAAUAGUAUAAUUCUAAAUAUAUUUUUUUUAGGCAAGCAGGAAAAGAUCAAUUUUAAUCAAUAAAAGAAAUGCUAAGCAUUGUUUACAGAGAGUUUCUAAAGGGCAUUCUAAAAAUCUCUUCCCCUGGGAAGUCUUCAUAGUGUAUUAUUGACAAUUCAUUAAGAGGGCAGAUUUUGUUUUUCUGUUGUGUUUCUAUAGGUAUAGCAAACUUUGAUUCUACUUAUUUUGGAUCAUAGGUCUUGAAUAAUACCGAGUUUCCUCAUCCUGAAGAGAUGGUUAAUGGAAAAUAUUCCAGUUUUAACCAUUUAAUAUUUUAUUAUAGUUAUUGGUAAGGUUUAGAAACUGCUACCACAUAGUGGAACAGGUAUACUUUCACUGUUUGAAAUCAUCAGCAGUGUUCCAGUUCUUUCUUUCUUUCUUUCUUUCUUUCUUUCUUUCUGGUAUUGGCUUUGUUUGACUCAUUUUCUGUUCAGACUUGCAUUAGACACCUGGGAACCUUAAGGUCAGCAUUCUUGAAUGACAUUUCCAUUACCAAGUGAAGGACAUCUUUUCAAAUAACAAGAGCUAUAUUUAGAUGGUAGAAUUUAGACAGAAUGCCUAGUGGUAUUGGGGUGUGUGGAUUUUCAUCCGGCUACCUGGAUCCUUUAUCCUCACCUUUUAACGGUAUUUGACUUAAAUCCUACAUGUCCAUUCUGUUCACAGAAGCGCGUUCCAUCUAGUGGUAGCUUCCACUAGCAGAUUCUCAUCAAUUUCCCCUCCUCUCCGAAAUGCCCCAUGUCUCCCCAACUCACACACUUUUUGAGAGUUUUCCAACCUUUUGGAAAAGAUUUCCUUGGGAAAUCUGAGAAGACCCAUGAAAAGCAACAGGACAUUGACAUAAAUUUAUGUCUAUGGACUGUGUGUGACUUUCUUUGGAUUUGAGUUACUAGUUGUCUCUGUUCUUUUGUUGGUUCUCAUAACAUUGCAAAACUCUUAUGGCUGGGUGGGAAUAUUACUGUCUCUUGCACCAUAUAACUAUGUGCAGUGGAUCCAGCAUUCAUUUUGAUCCUUUACACUGGGAGUGGUGAACCCUACAACCUAUGAGUUGGAUCUGAUUUGCCAAGCCUUUAAAUGUGGCCCACUUCCCCGUGUGAGGCUGGCUUCCACCAAGAGUAGAAGACUGCUGUGUUUUGGAUGGAAAUAGUACUUUCUCUGAGCUGGAAAUCUCUCCCAUCUCCAUGCUGGGCUAAGAGCAGAGGUUAUCCUAGUGCUGGGAUGGGGAGGUUGCAGUUUGUGGAUGAUGCAUGCCUGGAUUAACAAUUUUUAUGUGUGUGUUUUGAAACAAGAGUUUGUGGUGAGUAAAGUGCCUGCAUGCAACAGCAGUUGCACAUUCAGAGACCACUUUGGCCAUAGUCAGGCAUGUGUCCCUCAUGGUUUUCCAUUUUUGAAUUGCAGUCAUUGGACUGGGGGGAAAAAAGUUAUCCACCCCCUACUUCCAAAUAAAGUUUCAUUAAAGUACGGAUUACUCCAGUUUUAUGCAUAGUCUUCUGCUGCAGUGUCUUGUGUGGAUGAAGGGGAAAUUAGUGCUCUCCUAACUGGCAACUGGGGCAGGCCCAAAGGCAGCAGGUAUUCUGGAAGUGAGGUGAGAUGCUUGUAACAACAAGCUGCUGGCUAUGGGGUGAAGCUGAAUGCUUUGUGUGACACUUUCCCCCCACCCACACCACUAAAAAAAAGACUCAAAGGCUGUUUUCACAGUACUCUGAAUUGUACUUAGUUGAGAGCUGUCUAGAUGCGUUUUGCUUUCACAUGCAGCAGACUCAAGGCAGGGCCCUUGUGUGAUCAGAUGGAUAAUGGCUCUAAUUAUGUGGUAUAAUCAGCGCUGCAGGUACUUUAGAUACUUUAAAAUAUGAAGCAGUAUAUGAAUAUUCUUAAACAAAUGAAUUUGAGGUAAACAGCGGAAACACAUCCAAAUGCUGUUCUGCGGAAUUUGACAUUGCGAAAGUUUGAGCAAUGUCAUGUUCAGGCUAUGUUCAAAGGUGUGUGCAGCUGCUAGCAACUGUGAAACUCUUCCGCAGUCUUAUAUGGUACCUGGUUUCUUUGUGUUUUUGAUACAAGUUCUGUGUGUGUGUGUGUGUGUGUGUGUGUGUGUGCUGUAUUUACUAAAACUGUUUAUACAUUUUAAAAUUGCAUCACACUAGCAUGUUAGGCACCCUGACAGAAACCUCAUCUAAGCUCAAAACAAAUGAAUUUAAACCAGGAUCCCAUCUGUUACGCUUUGCUCUUUGACAAGUGAUACGUGGUUGCCUUUCCCCCCUCCCUUCUCUUGGAUUGGGGUGUUUCUGUGCCUCAGACAAUUUAAACUUGUGGAGGCAUGAACGUUGUAUCCUGAACUUGAGUGCUUCCAGGUACCUAAGGACAAUCAACUCUGAACUGAACGUUCUGAACUAAUUUCAGCAAGUGCCUGAUAUGUCGCAGGUAGACAGUGUUCUUUAUUUGAAAAAGUUAUUAUUACUAUGUUUUUAUAUUGCCCUUUGUCCAAGAAGCUCAGAUCAAAAUGCAUGUUCUCCUCAUAUAUUAUUGUAACCUACUGAGAGGUAGGUUGGGCUGAUACAUGACUUAUGCUAAUAAAAUGGAAUGAAACUAAGGUUAUAUCUGCAUACUUGGGGGUGGAUGCAGAUUAUGCCUUCUAUAAACUCCUUCCACUUUCUAAAGGGACCGACCAGUGAAGGCUGCCACUGUAGAAGGAGGAAGGGAAGCAGUUAUUGUCUGCUUUCCCCAGGCCACCCCCCCAUCACUUCCUCCGGCUUUGCAGGGGUCAGUGAAAAUAUCCUUUGCCAUUCCUCCACAGGAGCAGACCAUGAGUGGAGUUCUGCCCAUGGGAACCAUGGAUCUAAGUCGAUUGGUUUACCUAAUGAAUAACAUUUGCUUUUUAGGUCCCUAUAUAUGUAUGUCAUUUAUCUCUCUCUCUCUUUUUCUUUUUUGCAGGUCUGUUUUCUAAAAAGAAAGUCCCGGAUAAUUAUUCCAAAGAAGCAGUUCCCAGGUACUAUUCCAAGACACCUUUAUCAUUUUUAUAAAAUCUUUGUAAAGUACGGUGACCAUAGUUACACUAUUUAAUGGCAUGAAUAACAAUUCAGUAAUUUCUAGGGGGCUGGGAUUCUUGGUACAUUUCCCACUCCACCACUUGGUGGAGUGGGAAAUGGGCAGCUAAAUUCUACUAAUUUCAAAUUAUAAACAAAACAAAGUAACUCAACAUUUGUUCUAUGUGAUGGUGCCUUUCAGAUUAAAGUAAACAAAGGUAAUAUCAAUCUUUUGGUGUGACUGCCAGAAUUUUGCUCACAAGCUUUGUUAGAUAGUGGAAUGUUUUCAAGUGCUUUUAGGCAUAUUUCUUCAGCAAACAAAUGAAGACAGGUUUGUACAGAGGCAGAUAUAUACAUGCAUUGUUUCAAAAAGAUUAAUAGGUUUUUUUUCCUAAUAUUUCAGUUAUGAUUGGUUCCAGACAGAUGGUUCCAUCACCGUGGUCAUAUACACUAAACAAAAGGUAGAGAAUUGCUUUUUAUAUUAAAUAAUUUUGAAAACUGUAUGCUUGUUUUUCCAAUAUAUCAUUUAGUAGCUCCAUUUGUAUCCAAGCUUUGCCCCAAAGAGCUCAAAGCAACAUACUUGUUCUCCCCCCACAUUUCAUCCUCAUAACAACCCUGUGAGGUAGGAUAGACUGAGAAAUAGUGACUAGAUCAAGGCCACCCUGUAAGUUUCAUGGCUAGCUGGGAAUUUGAACUCAGGUCACCUUGGCCUUUGCUCCUCCAGCACCUCACUGACAGCUGUCCAGAGUUGUUUCUUGCUUCUCCGUAUGCUUGAAACUGCCUCCAAGGACACCUGUGUGGUGUCACUUGCCAGUGCGGUGUAGUGGUUAAGAGCGGUAGUCUCGUAAUCUGGGGAACCGGGUUCGUGUCUCUGCUCCUCCACAUGCAGCUGCUGGGUGACCUUGGGCCAGUCACACUUCUUUGAAGUCUCUCAGCCCCACUCACCUCACAGAGUGUUUGUUGUGGGGGAGGAAGAGAAAGGAGAAUGUUAGCCGCUUUGAGACUACUUCGGGUAGUGAUAAAGCGGGACAUCAAAUCCAAACUACUACUACUACUACUACUACUACUACUACUCUUCUUCUUCUUCUUCUUCUUCUUCUUCUUCUUCUUCUUCUUCUUCUUCUUCUUCUUUCUCCCUCUGUCCUCCUUCUGUACCAAAACCAGGCUUAAGUAUGUGGAAAUGAAGUGCCUUCUUCAUCCAUUUACCCUCACCACCUCCUUCCUGUCUUCUUUCUUGGCUCCUCUUGAUAGGUUCAGAUUGAAAACUCUCCACUGUAGAGAACUCUUGUUACUUUGUAAAGUGCUGUGCGCAUUGAUGGUGCACUAUUAUAAUAAAAAACCCUUCAGUUUUAACAACCACUUUGAAAAGCCUUCAUUUUCCUUCCUCUGUAAGGAUAUGAACAGUGAAUUGGUGAUAGCUGACCUUCAAGAACGUAAACUGAGAGGAGAGCUGAUUGUGAAAGACUACUCGUAUCUUUUACAUCUUGGUAAGGACUUUACUGGCAAAUUCUUCAUUGCAGAGGUGUGCAUGUAAUUAUAUACAUGUAAUGGAUCCACAUAUACACUCAUAUAUAAAUGCAGCUCAGCUGCAUUAAAAUCCCGCAGUGAUAAGAGUAGAAUGUGUAUUGUACUCAAGCCAUGGUACCCCAUGAAUGUUUUGUACUUGGUAGGCAUAGCUGGAGGUCAGGGUUGAUGGGAGUUGUAGUCCAACAAUGCCUAGAGAGCACAGGGUUGGGAAAGGCUGGUAUCUCUAUGUUAAGGCUAGACUCCAAAGAUGUGAAAUAUGUUGAGGGAGAGACUUGUGCAUUCAGUUGGAGUUUCAUUCCUGUAUGCAGUUGUUCUGUUCCUUAAGAGUAGCUAGUGUUCAUUUUUAAAAGCAUCUUUCCUCUCCAGCAGAAAGUGAAGAAAAAAUUCAAGUGAUAGACUUUGGGCACCAUUAAAGGGCACCAUUAAAUGGUCAGAUAUUGAACUUAGUAAAACAGAGCAACUGAGUGCAAGUGUAGGAUGCUCCAUCUAGCUCAGAAUCAUCUCUACUGAGUGAUAGAGGCUUUCCAAGCUUUCCCCAGCCUCUACUGGAAAUGUUGGAGACACUGUGCAUGUAAUGCACACUUUCUAAAAUUGAGCUUUGACCUUUCCUCUUAAUAGCAUGAAGCUCCAGCUGUGUGCACACACCAGAUACGUGGAUCCUUGAUUUAUGACUAGUUUUAUCACGAGUCUUCAUUUGUAAAAGUUUUAGUUUUGUUUUAAAUGUAUCUGUUGUUUUUCUGUUUUUAAUUUAUGUGUAAAUCACCCUGAGACAGUGGUUUAUAAGGUGAUUAGUAGAUUGGUUGCAUUAUGAGGCUCAAUUGAAGUAUAACAGCAAGCAAUAAUUUGGCAGUACAUGAAAACAGCCUUUAAUUCGAAUGCGCAAUUCCUCCUUCCCUCUGGUGCUGCAGUUUCUUCUCUCACUUCCUGUUUGCCACCAAACCAAAAUACGCUGUUGCGUAUUUCCAAUUCUGGUUUCAAAGCAAAAUAUGCUUAGUGUAAAGGGAGGGAAUUUCCACCUGGCAAGGAAAGGGGGAGAAGGGAGCAUGCACAUCCAAGACUUGAAUAUGUACUGCCAAGCCAUGCCUAUAUAUUAAUUUAAUGGAACUUUGUGGUAUAGCUAAUUGUUUGGGUUUUCCAUUGUAGAGCACCUCAUAACUUUAUUUAAAUGAUGAAAUCCAAAGCUCUAAAGCUUUGCAUUUUCCUGACACCUGUACAUUUAAUGGUUAUUGCUACUCAUAAUAAUCGAUGUAGACACUUGGUUUUUAUUAAAUUAAAAUAUAUACUUCUGUUUUAGAACUAAGUUAUGCAGUUCAUGAGGAUAUGAUAGGUAAGCAAGUACAUCCUCUUACAGUCAAAACAUUUGUGCUUUUUUUGCUCUGACUUGUUAGUAUAUUCAGUAUCUGAUCACUUUUUUCAGUAAUAUUACUACUAGUGCUGUUUCCGAAAUCUUACAUCGUGCAAGAAAUGUAACAUAUUUGUAUUUCUAUGUAUUUAUUGUGCUGUAUAUUAAGUACAGGUAACUCGCAACUUGCGUACAUUUAACUUACGCACAUUCAGCUUUUUGCUCAUGGCCAAAAAGUUAAAAAGAGGGGGCAAAAAGGGGGUGGGCAUCUGGAAUCCCACCUGCUGUUGAACCCAGGGUGGUUUGACUAUAUGCAGUUUUUGACUUUAAGUGCUGUCAGGGAACUGACAUCAGUGCCGAAGGGAGAGAGCAAAAUCCAGAGGGAUUCCAGAGAGCGUCCCGGGAUUGGGAGAGAUAGCCCAUCUUCUGGGGAAGAGAAUCAGCGUAGCACCAGUGGAGAAGGGGGGCAGAUGGGGGAAGCGGUGAGGCGGUCCCAUGACUCCUUGCCGGGGACCAGCGGGGAGAGUAGAGGUCCUCCACUGCCUACGCCCUCCUUGUGCAGAGGGCUUUCGCGCAGAGAGAGUAGAAGGAGACUAGGCGUCAAAGAGCUUCUUUGCUGGAAGAAGUUUAAGAAACGCCCACUGAUGGAUUCUGCCAGCGAUUGAGACAGCCACGGGUGAGUGGCUGUCCGGACAGAAAAGGUUCACUCAGGCAACCCAGCCAGGUGUUUGCACCGGCUUACGCACGAGCAACCCCUAGAACCACUGCAAGUGCCAUCCGCAGAAGCGUAAGUUGAGAGUUGCCCGUACCUUCCAGAUGACUGUUUGAGAAACUUAAAUAAGGCUAAUCUAUAGUAGAGUGCCCCCAUGUGAAAUACUUUCCCUGUUCUAACAUCAUGUUAACUCUUGUGCUAAUCAAGACUGCAGAGCCUUAGCAAGUAUUUGUUGGCAUAGAAAUUCAUAUGAUUGGACUAUAAUCUUAGUCUGUUUGCAUGGUUCACCACACAUUGAUGCAUGCCUAUAUAAAAACAAUGUUAGAUGCACAUGGUGCACCAUUGAAGUUAAACUGGUUUAGCUUACUUGUAGCAGCAUGUUAACUUAAGAACUGAGAGUAUCAUCUUGCAUCAGCUUCUUUGCAAAGCUUACAUUUUAUGUUAGUUAUCUUAUUCAUUGUAAUGCAUUUCAUAGCUGUCAAGAUUCUUGAAUGACUAUCUUAAUGUCUUUUGAGUCUUUUGAGUCUCUUCUUUACUGAUAAACAGUUUGAAAGAAAUGCUUUUCUGCUCAUAGAAGUGUUUUCUAUUGAUUUUUUUUUUUAAAAAAAACCUUUAAUGCCAUGUUAAAGACUCCUGUGCCAUAUUGCAAACUACUUUUGAAAUUUACUUUACUUUAGAAACAGUCUGUCAUUCUGCAUGAGGGCUGCUGUUAAAAAGGAACCAGCCAAAAGCUUCCUUAUAUUGCUGUUCUUUUUGAUUCAGGCUACACUAUGUUGGGUCCCGUAACAAUGAUCUGUUGUCCUUUGAAUAUAAUUUGUCCCUUCCUUCCUUCCUUAUUUAUUUAUUUGCCAUAUGUAAAACUGUCUUGUUGAGCAUGCAUCUGCUCUCAUUCAAAUAAAAACUGCAAAGUGUGGUAUUUAAUCAAAUGCUUUUCACAUUCUGACUAUUACUGCUUACAUUUCUGUUCCAUCUCUCUGUAUCAAGCAGGUCAUGGCAAUAUUGGUAGAUAAGGAGUUCAGGCACUGACUAGACCAAAUCUGUUUAAUUUCAGCAAAGUAGCUGUGUUUCGUUCUUUCAGCUGCUGCCCUGCAAUUUUAUUGUCUCUGGAGAAUAUCCAACAACCAUACGCGGAGAAGACUCAUUGAAACGAAUGACCAUUUCUUUCAGUGGGUCUCCCAAGGGCUUUACUCCGUCUCUCUCUCUUUAAUAAAUUGAACAGAGGCAGGUUGUGAACGCUGUAAUUACAUUUUUUGUACAAAAUGACAUGUAUGUAUUAGUAUAGAACAACACUGUGUAUUUUUAGUACAGGUCUCUGAAAAAGUGGGAAAGGUGGAAUUUAUCCUGAAGAAGAAAGAAAUUCUGUCUUGGAAAAAACUUGGACAGCCAUUGGAAAGUCAUAACUCCUUUGUCAAACGCACAGAGAGAGGUAAUUAGUUUUGCUGCCAUACUCAUGACUUAUUUUCAGCACACCCAAACUUUAGGAGACAAAAUCAGAUUGCUGUUCAAGGUCUGCAGCAUAGUCAGAAUGACUAUGUUUAAGGAUGUAUUAUAGUCUUAGCAAAAGCAUUGUGUAUAGCUGUGUAUAAUAUGAUGGCUUUGUGUUUUCAUUGUACCUGCAAAAUGUACUGUCCAUGAUAAUAAAACCUCUCUAUAUCCCCUCUUCUCCUCAGCUGCCUAAAAAUUUUAUGCAGAGUGCAAAGUAUCUCAGUUAUGUUUCAGAUUCUUAUAUAAUAUAUUUGGAAACCAAAAACGCAAUGAUUCAAAAAUGCCAUAACCUUUACAUGGGACCAGAUAUGAUAGCUGAAAUUUUCAUAUUAGCAGGAAUCUGUUGUUGCUGUAUUAAUAACUAAUUUUAAUACCACUAAUGGUUGAAGCAUAAGUUGUUGACUUUUCAAGUGAUAAAGGCAUGAGUAGAUAUUUUGCAUGACUUUGGUUUGAGGAUCUGAGGAUUUUGUUCCAGUCAUGGAAGAAGAGUUAUUCACACAGAAGUAUCUCUUUAGAUUCAUGGAAUGUGAACAUUUGAGCGGCCUGGAUUGAAUUAAUUACAGUUUCUGUAUUUUUAAGGUCUGUAUUACAGAAAAUGCAGAUUGCUGUCAAAGACAAAUGUCAGUCAUGACACCCAACUCUUCUGUUUAGCAUUACCACUGGGAACUCAUCUCUUGGUCCCUGUUGGGCACCAUGUUUACCUCAGACAAACUAUUACAGGUAAUGUGAUGAAAGAUCCUUUGUUAUUUCCUAGAAUAUAUUCUAAUUCUGUUGUGGUGUUGUUGUUUUAAAAAGGAAAGGCACACAAAUGAUACACAAGUUUAUCACUUACCUUCUUAAAUGAAAAACAUGUUCCACCCUAAUUAAACAGGUAAUGCUCAGAUGUCUCAAAUGUUGAAAGGGAACCAUAUACUGUGGAAUUAAAACUCUAUUUUAUAAAGGUUCAUUUAGCAGUGUUUUGUGUAUGAAGAUGUCCACUACUUUACACCUCACCAGAAAGAAUUUGCAAUGUCCAGCCAGUUAAUCUUGCAUAAAAUAGGAUAAUACCCAGUUGUGUUCCUCUGCUCAUAGAGGGCUUUAUUAUGCAGAAGAGGGAAAGAAGCCAUUUUUGCAAAUCCCUUAUUUCUCCUACAGACAUCCCCCCAUGCCACCUACCACACUAUUUGAGAGGGUCCCCCAACCUCCAGAAUGCAUUGGUGGUGUUCAGGAGGGAUUGCUGUGGGAAGGGGGAAUCAACAAAAAUAGCUCCCCCAACUCUGUUAUCAGUGGCUCCCGCUGGAUUGAAGUGUGCGAGUGGAGAAGCUACAAGGAGAAAAUGGCAAGCAGUUCUGAACGGGAAGAAAGGUGAUACUCUAUUUUCGUUGAGCGUUGUGCCUUUUCACAGUCUAAAAAAAUAGGUUUUAGCAACUAGACAAAGAUAAUAGCCAACCUUAAAAGCUGCAUUUGUUACAAGUACCAGGAUAAAAUACAUCAGUGCUGAAACUCAGCCCAUCAGCUCGUAAUUAUUAAGUCAGCUGACAGCAUGACUUCUUUUCAUAAACACCAGUAAGCUGCUUUUUCUUUUUAAAAAGUCGCUCAGAUGGUAUUCAAAACUUCUUUGUUUAGCCCAUUUAUACACACGUGGUCAGGUAUGUUGAACAUUCAGUUUAUCUAGAAAAGGGGUUAGGGCUUCUGGUCCAUAUGACUUCCACAUUUAGCAGGAAGUAAUUGCAUUAUUUGUAAGAAUAUGUGAUUUGACAUUGAUGGUUGACUCUACUAAAAGGGAUUGUUUCUGUGAAUACUAAAUGUUGAAUUUUCUUCUUCUUUUCCUCAGGCACAGAGAUAGUGAAGCCAUAUACACCAGUGCCAUCUUUCUUGGUGUCUACAUUCAAAAACCCCUGUCAUGAUGAUCAGUUGCAUAUAUUUUUCAUAAUCAAAAUUUACCCAAGUGGACUAUUCACACCAGUACUUGAUGCCCUACAAAUAGGUAAGUGUUUGCUUUCUUUCUUUUUCUCGCGCUCUUUCGGGAUAUUCUAAAACAGUGUUUGUUGCUAUAAAUCUUGUGAAAGUUUCCAUUUUAAAUUUUUUUAAUGAUAUGAAAAUACAUUUAAUAGAAAAUGGAAAAAAGGGGGAAAGCUGUUAAGCAUCGUACGGUGGUCUAUCGAAAAAUCUGGUUGCAAACCAUUCAUUUCAAAAAUAUAGUUUGUUUUCUUGAAAAAUUAAUAAAAUAUAAUUUAUUUAUUUUUAAGUGUUUUGUUUCUCAAUCUUUUCCUGAUGAAUGAUUGUUUUAUACUAGAAGGAAUUCAAUGCCUCACUAAGGCAACCCUUCCAUCAGGGCAAGCAUUUUGGCUUACCAAACAAAACAACCCCCUCUUUCCUCUCCUACCCCCAAAGGUGCUGUUACAGAGAUUCUCCCAACUGCCCUGAGUCAAAUCCUGUUGUGCAAACAGGGUAGGGUUUUGUGUAGGGCUUCCAUGGACAGGACUCAUAAGUUGAAUCCUGCCCACUGUUUUUAUAGUUGUAUAAAAUGUGAGCUAAUGCACCCUUAGGUUUCUUUUAAUGGGUGGAUGUUGAGAGUGCCCUUAUUUCAUUCUCUCCAAGAUUCACUGCACUGUAUGUUUUUUUCCUUCUUCUUCUACAGGGGAGUAUAUUUCUGUGAGUAAUCCUGAAGGUAACUUCAUGAAAUCACAAAUGGAAGAUGUAGAGGAUCUGUUUUUAUUGGCAGGAGGCACAGGAUUCACCCCAAUGGUUAAGCUGCUCAGCUGUGCUCUGACCAGUAGCAACAACCUCAGGUAUCUCUCUCUGCUUAUGACUAGGUGCAAGCGUUAUAAAUGACAAGAAAAGUCAUUUUAAGUAGUUCUUGCUCUGGAUAUGUGUUUAGCAGCAAGAUCAUUUCAAAACACUGCACAGAUAUUCUUUGAUGAUAGAAACAAAACAGUCUUUUGCUGUGAAGGAAGGUUUUGACAAAACAAUACAAAUUGCUCAUGUUUGUGUUGCAGUAUUUCUUACUACCUUGUUUUAGCAAUAUCUGCAGGUGCAGUUUUACACCCACUGUCCCUGGAGUAAUCCGUAUUGAAAUCAGACUUAAUUUUGAGUAGGCAUGUAUAGGAUUGUACUGUAAGGCUUCUGCUAAUGUUACUUGGCAAGAGUGGGGGCUUCCCUGGUUGUGGUUGUAAAGUUUCUCAAAUCACAUGUGCACAGUUUCCUACAAGCAGGUUUUAGUGUGGGGGCGGGGGUCAUGAAGUUUGAUUUCUUCAUGGUAAUUAAACUGCCAGGGGUCUAGCUGAUUCCAAUUCUACCACGGAUUUCCUGUGACUACCAGUAUGUCAUUGAAAUGAGAGCACCCUCAUAGAAUGUAGGAGUUUCUGUAUAAUCGAGGGAUUCCCCAGCUAUGGACAAAAAUUGUAUUUUUAGCGGCAUUGGGGGUCCCAAUUUUUCCAUCACCCUUCAAUACAAUUUGUGUAUUGAGGAUCAGUGAUUUCUGCACUACAGUGAUUUCUCCACUAAGACAAUGGAGAAAAAGAGAUACUGGGCAAUCUCAAAAUGAUAGGUAGCUCUAGGGUAGGCCUGCUUUACAACACCAACUAAAAAUGUGCAUUUUGGGGGGUCACACCUCUUGUAUAUAACAGGGAUAUCCAACUCCCAAGAGACUGGGGGGGGCAGCUCAAAGUUUUUGAGCUUUUUUAGGGGUGGCACCAAAUAUACACUCCUUAAUUCGGAAAUGCCAAAGUACGUGCACCAAAAACAGAGCUGGGCGGCGAUAACUCCAUCUUCCGUUUUAGCGAUCCUGCACAACAUAGCGAGGGGGCGGGGCCAGAAAUGAGCAAGUGAUCUACCACAAUCGACCAAUAUCACUCGGGGAUCAACCUGUUGUGGUCGACCAGUUGGACACCCCAGGUAUAUAAUAUGCCUGGACCACAUAAUGUAGUUAACUGAUGCUUUUUCAGUGAUUAUAGUAUUUGAUUGUUGUAUUUCUUGUUCUAACCCAUCCAGACAAAGGGCAGAUAUGUUAUGUAAAUACAAAGGUGAGCAGUGGUCUUAGUACAGCAAUGGCGUGCUUGGAGUGAGUUUGAUAGGGAGGGCAAAGCAAAUUAGGGCUACAGAGGGGCCAGAAUCAUCUCUUCCAACCCCACUAUACAUAAGUAAACUUACAUGAGUCUUUCACUGCUAUUAAAUUACACAAAGUGGCAUUGUUAAAAGCUGUUGGGAGUUCUUACUGAGGAAUACUUGUUGCAUUAUUCAGUGUCUCCUGCAUGGGUACAAUAUUUCUAACAGCUGUGAUUUUAAUUAUUGAAGCCCUAAUUUCUUUUUAAGGGCAGUGAAAUUUAUGUUCUUCAACAAGACGGAAGAUGACAUACUUUGGAGAAAUCAGCUGGAGCAACUAGCCCUGAAUGAUGCAAGGUAACUGGGGAGACCCUGGAACUGGGUAACUGGGGGAAAGAUGGUAUCUUGAUUGUUCUUGAGGAGGAUGGAGACUCCCCCCCCCCACUUUCCUUGCAGUAGGUGCCUGCUCAGUUCUAGCAAUGUAGAGAAGUAUGUUACUCCUGCAAGCACAAAAUACAUAGAAAUGCAGCUUUAUUGGGCAGUACAGGUUAGCUUUGAACAAUAUAUAUCCUCUGUAGGGAUAGGUGCACAGAAAGGAAUUUCAUUCAUUCGGUGAUGAUCAUAUUGUCUAAAGUUCACAAACCUCCUGUUACUCAUCCCCCCUGUUUACAUCAUUCAUUGCUUGCACCCCUUGUCUUGCAUUUAAGCUUGGUUUGAAUUUGCAGUAGUGUAGCGUACAAGGCAUUCAUCUGUUAGUCAUCCAAAUUACUUUUUGAAAUAUUAAUGAAGUGCUUUGGCCUGUGGGUGUGGUUGUGCUGAAUAAUUAUUCAUCUUGCUUAAAGCAAAGUGCCUCAUCUCUGCAGGACCAACAUCAGAUCACUGCUUGAUAUCCAAACCAUUCACUAUUUUUGUUACAGAAAGGGCUAUGUAAAAAGCUUUUAUUCAGUUGUUUAUCUGCCGCGUUAGUUACACACUGCAGGGGGAAGCGGCUUCCUUUAUUAUUUUAAUGGGAAAAAAUCACAGGGAAAUUGUUUUUCACAUUGAUUUUGACGGAAAAUAUAGAAAUCUUGUUUCUGCCUAUAGUGGUGAUUUCCCAUCAUCUCAAUAUGCCUUUCAUUGUUCAGAGCUGCUGCUGUAGUUCAUAAUAUUUUCGUCCCCUAAAUUCCGGAACAAUAUCAUCACUGUUACCAUUAUUGCAUGACACUUAUGCCAAAAUGGUUUCCAAAUGGCUAUGAAAUCAAUGAUAAAAUACAUACACAAUUAAAAUACACAAUAACAAUUUAAUCAGAACAUUAAAGCAUUAUUAAUGAAUAUGCAAUAAAAGAGGCCAGUUAGAAAGGAGAACUGUUAAAAUAAGAGUAGGAGAAAUCCUGAAGUCACUGUAAUUUUCAUACUUCCCAAAUGCAAUGAAGACCAGAAGGGAACAGAUUUUAGCCUUCACUCUAGAUCAAACUCCGUGUUGCAGAACCAUACAAGACCUGAUAUGCUGACAUAAAAAAAAUAUCCAAUUUUAUUUAUUUUUUGCUCGUUCCAGUUUGUUCUAUGGCUGAAUAAAUUGUGCAUGUUCUGUGACUUAAUCAUUCUGUCUUUCAGAUUUGAGGUUCAGUUUGUCCUCUCGGAGCCAAAGAAAGGCUGGAAAGGCAAAGAAGGAAAAAUUUCUUCCUCUCUUCUUUCCCAAUUUGUGAAAAGAAGUAAAUGUGAUUCUAAGGUGCUCAUAUGUAUCUGUGGUCCACCACCUUUCAUGGAGCAAGGAAUACAGUAAGUAAAAGAGGAAAUAUUGAUCUGUUACAUGUUGUAUACUUCAUAUGCUCUCCUCGCCCUUAAUUUUUAUAAUUGAUAUUUUAUUUAAAAAUUUCCAAAUAUAAAGCAGUAAAGAAUUUACAUAUGUGGGAAACUUGGUGAGAGCCACCUAGGGUAGAAUAAUCCAUUGUUUUCAGUGGAUCUGCCCGGACUAAAAUUGGAUACCACUUGUUAGUUGUGGGCUAAUUUAAAGGGUGGGUUGGUGUGACUGAAAAGUUUGUUUUGCUGGGCAGGUUGGGUCCCCAAGUGUUCUCUUUUUCUUUUCCCCUGCCAGCAAACGGUAAACGGAUGGCAGCCUCUGAUUGGCCAGGGUUCCAGGAGAGGGAGUUGAAAAGGAGAGGAUUUUGAGAGACAGUUUGUAGGUUGGGAGAAUAGGGUGGGAGGUAGGGAGUGAGAGGAUAGAGAGAGUUGGUUCUGGGUAGAAACAUCCACUUUAAGGAAUAUAUCACAAGCUAGAGAAAGGAGACUCUGAGCUUAAUGUGAAGGACAGUGUGUGGUGUCCUGUAAGAGUAAUAAGCCAGGAAUUAACUGGGAGGCUGAGGCUGAGCCAGGAGAAGUAGAAGCUGUGAGGAUACAGUCUACUUAGGUUUCAUUCCAGUCAGGAGGGGAGAGAUUCUUCAACCAAAAGAGAAGUCUCCCAAACCAGUUAAGAGGGGUGUGGUGAUCCCUUGGGUCUGUUACCUGGAGUACCUCAGGAGUAGGGUUGUCUAAGGAGGGUGCAACUGACAGAAAAUACCACCUUGUUUAAGAACCAAAGUAUUAAGUGGCAACAGCUGUGCAACAACUGAGAAAGAACUGAAGUGAAAUAGCAUUAUAAUCUGAAGUAUCCUAUGUUUUACCCACUUUGUGUCAUAAACUUCCUUUGUUUAAUAAAAUCUUUCUUGUUUAUUGGAUCAAAUCCUGCCUGAGACUCGAAAUUAUUAAGUUUUCCCUCACACAAGUACCCUACAAGAUAAUCUGGGGUAGUUUGUAGGAAUUAGUGGAACUGGUGUUCUGUGAGGUGGGUGCACUAUAUUUAAGUGAGGGCGGGCCCAACAGCACCAGGGGGGAAAGUUGGUCAUAGGUUUUGUAGCAUCAACAAACAAAUCCCAGUUUUAUAAUAGGAAUAAUCUACAUUUUUUAAAAAUAAAUAAAUUGUAAUGCUACUUUAAUAUUCUUGCUUUCCCUCUGUACAUUAUUUUGUGUAUAUGUGUUUGUUUCAUUCCAGGUUUCUGCAAGAUCUUGGGUAUUCCUCUAAAGAAAUACACUGUUUUACAGCUUAAAUAUGCAGCAUUAAGACCCUAGGUUGUGCACUUCAAAAACAUUGUUUUUUUAAAAAAUCCAAGAAAAUAUUAUGCAUGGAUAUCUUGUUCUUUUUAAUGUGAUUACUUGAACUCUUAUCAUAUUUAGGUGAGAGUGGGUUCUUUUAUAUUCUGCUGUUUUGAAAUUGUAUUUAUUUUUGUUACUAUAUCAAACUUAACCAGAAUAUUUUAAGGGGUAAGUAAACUAGCACGUGUAUGUAUUGCACAGAUAUGAACUUUGUCCUCCAUCAAGUACGAUUUAGUAGCAUCCCUUUGCACUGGUUACUAUGUCUAUAUAGGCACUAGAGACCUUAUUUUAAAUUAUAACUUCACCACUUUCCAAAGUCUCAGCAAUAUAGUAUGAAGUUAUAUGUUAUACAGUUAACUCAGGAAAACAAUCUUACAGGUGUCGUAACGCUGUAGUAUUGUAAAUAACGAGUGUUCUUAUAAUUUAUACGCAAAAUAUUGGUUUUAUAUACUAAAUCACUUUUUGUAUCAUGUUAAUAAAAACAAGAUGGUUGCGUUUAAAUACA